AUGGUAGUGGGUGCAUUCCCGAUUGCAAAAUUAUCAGUUUUAUUAGUAAAACAGAUUAGUAAGCCUAUUGCUAAUAUUUGCAAGGAAAGAGCCAAAAAUAAUCCUUUUUUUAGAACUUACGUCUGUAUGCCUCCUGCACAAUUUUAUAACUGGUGUGAAGUUAAGGCAAAAAUGUGGAUUUUAAACUUGGGAAAACCAGUAAACAUUCCAGUAUUAAGCCAAGAGAUGGCAAUAGAACUAGGAGCUAAUCUUCUUGGUGAAACUGUAAUAUUUGUAAUAGGUGCUGGUUUACUGAUUUUUGAAUACAACAGACAGAGUAAAAAAGAAGCUGCUAAAGAAGCUAAACGAGAGGAUGAAAUGAAACAAAUUACUGGAACAAUAACAGAUUUAUACUUCACAGUUCAACAACAACAAACACAGCUCAGAGAAAUGGAGAGAAUAAUUCAUUCAAUGGGUGGUAAAAAACCUAUUUUGUCUUCACCACCUUCAAGUGGACCCACUGGACCAACACCACCACCAGCACCCCCAAAACCUCAAAACAUUAGUCAUAUUACGGAGUAUAGUAUUCCUUCAUCUCCUACACCUUAUCCAGAUAAAGGUGUUAUACUACAAUCACUAAAUUAUAUCCAAAUGGAUGUUUUUAGUUCAAUUUUUAAUUAUUCAAGUGAAAUUUCAAGUAAUGAAAAUAUUGAAAGGCCUCAAACCCAUAUUAAAAGAGAACCAGCAUUACUUUCAGAAGCUUUGCAUAACAUAGAAAAUAACUUUAGAAGCUUAUUU